AUGUGUCGUAAAAUUUCCAGCGUGAGUUCUUCGACACUACAAGUGGUCACAGCAAUGGAUGUGGGCAUGGUGGCACUGACAUGCAUUGCUGGCAUCGGUUGCGGUCUUUGCAGUGUGAAACCUACACAACAGCUCAAUAUGCGUUUAAGGAAGCUGGACGAAUCUCUGCACUUAUUUCCGAAUGUCGACAAUGAUCGCUUUAUGCCUAGAAUGUUGGCCAUAGUCACACCUACAUUAUUUGGAGCAAUUAUAAGUUACGUCAAUUUAAUUUUGUAUAGAUAUUUUAAAUUUAUAGCGAUAUUUAUAGGUUUCGAUUAUUUUGGGUGGAUGCAGGUUGUGUCGAAACAUGUUCUUGCCGCUACUUUAAAUUGGUAUAUACCAUUUUAUGGGAUUUAUUCGGUGCUAAUUGGAAGUCAUAUUUUAUAUGCGAAUAAUGCUCUGGGACUUGCGAGACGUUUUCGUCGCUUGAAUAAGAUAUUGAAACACCAUUUCUUGUUGGAUGGAAAACGCUGCAGUAAGAUGAAGACUUGGGUUAAUAAUUUAUCAUCUGAUGAGGAAAUUCCAUCACACCAUGAAUUUGAUCGCCUGAGAAAUCAACAUUCCAAACCUACGGUUGAGCUGUUAAGAAUACUGGUCGAUAAUUACGAAUCAUUGUACAAGUGUGUAGAAAUCUUUUCCAACACCUUCGGUUUUGCUGUGCUUUGCAACCUGAUCUCCUGCAUGCUACAUAUCGUCAUCACAGCCCAUUUCCUGAUUAUAGCUUUAAAAAAAUUUUCUAUAACCAUUCGGACUUACUGUCAGAUGAUGUGGCUUAUGCUGCAUAUAUUCAGAUUACUAUUGGUGGUGGAAGCUUGUCACAAGGCGACCGUAGAGUCAAAGGAAACCAUACAGAUCGUUAGCGAAAUCAAGCGCACAACUGUUGAGCUAUCGUUAUCAGCUGAGUUUCAAACAUUUUGGAAACAUUUACAUAUUUACGAUGUAAGGAUUUCUGUUUUGGGGAUCUGUGACAUCAAUAGAACGAUAUUGACGGCGUUCAGCUCUGGAAUUGCUACAUAUCUUUUUAUUGUAUUACAAUUUCAAAAUACCAGAGGCUAA